AUGGUUUCUGAACUAGGUCUCAUCUACGCUGAAGGAAAACACUGGACUGGAUCUAUGAUUGAACUCGACUAUGGACAUCAAGAGUUUAAGUUCAAGAAAAUUCGUAACUGGAUGGACUCUGUAGAAGAACCUUCCUUCAAAUGUACCUCACAUCCUAGUAAUAGUCGCAAAAAUAGUCAAAGAGGGCUACUAACUAGUGGUUUAUUCAUGGAAAAUUUCCUUGAAUCAGCCUCCCGUGAUAUGCCGGAUGGGACUCCCAAUGGCACUGCUCUACCACCCUCUUUGGCCCGUUAUAUUCAGCAAUUGGUAAAGGAAAAAGAUGGAAUAAGGCACUCAAUAACAAGUCUGCUGCCAAGUGAGAUACAGGAACCAUUUGGAUAUGAGUUGUGGCAUAGGAAGGCGCGUUGUCGAAGUUGUGAACCUCAGGCCAAAAGUUCCCAGUUUGGUUGUGCCGCUUUAUCCACCUUUUUUGAACAUUUCUUCCUUAAUCUUCAAGACCGACUAACCAAAAGCAAUUCAUCCCCCCCACCCCGUAAACGUCUUUCCCUUUCGGACUCUGAAAUUUGCUACGCAAAAGAUCUACCGGAACCGACCCCGAAAGAGCCUUUAGAACGUAUUACGACUGUGGAGAUUAUUCCAGAAAUUUCAGAAGAGACCACUACCGUAGAAUCAAGUGAAUCUCUCGAUUCGCCUGAAGAACCUACGAAGGUCCCAAUUUUCGAAGCUGGAACAUUGGAAGAAAAUAAUGGUGAAGAAAUGAAAGAAAAUAAGGAAUGCCCAACUGAGCCAGUUGCUGUGAAUCAACCUACUCCAAGCUCAGAGGAAGUGGAAAAGCAUCUAGAUCCUCCUGUUAUUAAAGUGAACAAAAAGAAAAAGUGUGUGCGGUUUGCUGAUGAUGUCGGCUGUGAGCUGUGUCAAGAAAAGGUUAUAACUGAUACUUCUUUGCCUCCAAAUCUUCACCUAUCAUUCGACGACGAUUUCCGCGACCUUGGAGAUGAUUUAUUGCCAGGUGUAGUUAGGCCCGCAUUCAAGGCGUUAGUGCCUAAAGUCAAUAGCUUGCCAGAUAUAAUGAAAAUUCCACCUCCAGUACCAAAACUUCAUCACUCAAACAGCUCCAAUGGAACACUAAAUUUAGCCACGCCAAAAUCUCCUCUUACAUCGCCUACCACUGGUUAUGCCAAUUGGAGAAUCACAUUUGCCCAGCCUGCUGCUCAAUAUCUGGCUUUUCGACAGCGUCUUGAUUCUAAAUUCGUCUCGCUUGAGAAUGUCACCUUGACUAAUCGAACAGAAAACACCAACAACCUCUUCAUCUACGGUAAAGCCAAGGUGAAGAAUAUCGCUUUUGAAAAAACUGUCAAACUGCGUGUAACCACUGAUGGUUGGAAGAGUUAUAAAGACUACCCAGCUGUAUAUAAUAUUCAAACUCCAAUCGCAAGCAGUGCUAACUCACUUUACGAUCAGUUUAUGUUUAACUUCAGUGUUGACAUUUCACAGAUGCCCGAACCUAGAGAGGUGCAGUUUGCAGUAUGUUUUCAGGCUGGACACAAUGGGGAAAGCGGUGAGUACUGGGAUAACAACGAUGGCUGCAAUUAUGUGAUCGUAGAGCAGUCAGUUUCACAGGCGGUUGGCCCAUAUGGUUCUUUGCAGAAUCACCCACCGGCGGGCACAGGGAGCCCUGAGGUGGGUGGAAGUGAACAAAAUCCACCCGGUACUGCCUACACAUCGGAUUAUCGGCCCAACUUCAAUUCCUUCUCCUCACUCACUAGCUAUUCAUCCUGGCAGCAUUAUUCCUCGGAGUCCAUGUACUACUAG